AUGUCCUCGGGCUGUCGGAACGGUCAGGGAAGAUUCACAGCGCAGAAUGGAGACACGAUCUUCUUCACAAGAAGGGAGACCGGUCGACGUAAUGGAGUGGGAUUUGUGACGUCCAGAGAGUUGACCUCAUCAGUCAUAGGAUACAAUCCUGUCAAUGACAGAAUCGUGACCAUACGGCUGAGGUGCCACUCUCUAAACACUACACUCAUCCAGGUUUACGCACCAACGAGCGAAGCAAGUGAAGAAGAAAUGCAGGAUUUCUAUGAUGUUGUUCAGCAGACACUGGACAAUGUUCCACGGAGAGACGUCAUUAUCGUGAUGGGAGAUUGGAAUGCCAAGGUGGGGAAGAGCAUUACCAACAGUUCGAGGGUGGGCCAACACGGUUUGGGGGAGAGGAAUCAAAGAGGACAGGAUCUGGUUGACCUUUGUUUCACCAACAACCUAGACAUCGGUAACAUCAUCUUCCAGCAUCACCCGAGAAGGUUGUACACUUGGACCAGUCCAGGAGACCGGUUUCGAAACCAGAUUGACUACAUCAUGAUUCAAGGACGAUGGAGGUCGGCACUCAAGAAUGCAAGGACACGACCAGGGGCAGACUGCGAAAGCAAUCAUCAGCUGCUGUGUGCAACGAUUAAGAUCCUGAUGAGGUCACGGCGAAAGCAGACGAAAACAACACGGUACGACGUCACUUAG